CAGCAGCACGCGCAAAGAGAGGAUGUGCGAGCCAGUGACUUUAACGGUGUGUUAAGUUGUCAACUCGAGUUAUGAAUGCUUUGUGUGAAAACACUGCUCGCGAUCCUCCUCCGCCGCCGCUGCUGCUUCUGCUGUUGUGAUGAUGGAGAGGCGGUGCGUGUCAGAGCGGGGCGGCUAGAGGCCCAGCAAAGCCCCGCGCUGGAUUUACUACCCUGACCGAGCGACUGAACACCAACAGCGGAUUACCUCACAACAACUCAUCGUAUAAUUUAGUGGAUCUGACGAGAAGUUAUAAAGCAAACGGAUCAGAUGGAGGUCUGAGCUAUGAUGGACAUUUACUUUUACAAGUGCCCCUAACAUCACAAUAAGGAGAAACAGCGGUUGGAGAUUUUUCUUCCCCAUUAAAGACUGUGAGGACUUCACAUCAUGCCUCCAAGACCCUCCUCGGGAGAACUAUGGGGCAUCCAUUUGAUGCCCCCCAGGAUUCUGGUGGACUGUCUUCUGCCCAAUGGCAUGAUCCUGACACUAGAAUGCCUCCGGGAGGCCACUCUCAUCACAAUCAAACAUGAACUGUUUAAGGAGGCUAGGAAGUACCCCCUCCACCACCUGCUGCAGGAGGAGACCUCCUAUAUUUUCGUCAGUGUGACGCAAGAGGCAGAGCGUGAGGAGUUCUACGAUGAGACGAGAAGACUUUGCGACCUUCGGCUAUUCCAGCCCUUCCUAAAGGUCAUAGAACCUGUAGGGAACAGAGAGGAAAAAAUCCUCAACAGAGAAAUCGGUUUUGCCAUUGGCAUGCCGGUGUGCGAGUUUGAUUUAGUGAAGGAUCCUGAGGUGCAAGAUUUUAGGAGAAAUAUUCUUAAUGUCUGCAAAGACUCAGUAGAGCUGCGAGAUGCCAGUGGGCCACACAGUCGAGCGCUGUACGUUUACCCUCCUAACGUGGAGUCUUCACCAGAGCUUCCAAAGCAUAUAUAUGGCAAAUUAGACAAAGGUCAAAUCAUUGUGGUUAUCUGGGUGAUUGUUUCUCCCAACAACGACAAGCAGAAGUACACACUUAAGAUCAAUCACGACUGCGUACCUGAGCAGGUGAUCGCCGAAGCCAUCAGGAAGAAGACAAGGAGCAUGCUACUGUCAGCCGAACAGCUAAAGAUGUGCGUGCAAGAAUAUCAGGGCAAAUACAUCCUGAAAGUCUGUGGCUGUGAUGAGUAUCUGUUGGAAAAGUACCCCAUCAGUCAGUACAAGUAUGUACGGAGUUGCAUUAUGCUGGCUCGGUUGCCGAACCUCAUGCUUAUGUCCAAGGACAGCCUUUACUCUCAGCUGCCUAUGGAUAACUUCACCAUGCCCUCCUACGCCCGCCGGAUCUCCACCGCCACGCCUUACAUGAACGGAGAGGCCUCCACCAAAUCACUCUGGACCAUUAACAGUACUCUGAGGAUACGGGUCCUCUGCGCCACAUACGUUAAUGUGAAUAUUCGGGACAUUGACAAGAUUUAUGUGCGGACAGGGAUCUAUCAUGGUGGAGAACAGUUGUGUGAUAAUGUCAACACACAGCGCGUGCCGUGUUCAAACCCAAGGUGGAACGAGUGGCUGACCUAUGACAUGUACAUUCCCGACAUCCCCCGGGCGGCUCGCCUCUGUCUCUCCAUCUGCUCGGUGAAAGGAAGGAAGGGGGCAAAAGAGGAGCACUGUCCACUGGCUUGGGGAAAUGUCAACCUGUUUGACUAUACACACACACUGGUCUCAGGAAAGAUGGCACUGAACCUGUGGCCAGUACCACACGGCCUAGAAGACCUCCUCAACCCUAUUGGGGUCACGGGCUCCAACCCAAAUAAGGAAACCCCAUGUCUAGAGCUGGAGUUUGACCACUUCAGCUCACCAGUUAAGUACCCUGACAUGGCCACGAUUGAGGAUCACGCUAACUGGAUAAUAUCCAGGGAGAUGGGAUACAAUUACUGCCAGUCUGGACAGAGCAGCAGACUGGCCCGAGACCAUGCCAUGACGGAGGCAGAUAUAGAGCAACUUCGUCAGCUGAGCAACAGGGACCCACUUUCUGAGAUCACGGAGCAGGAAAAAGACUUCUUAUGGAGACACAGGCAGUAUUGUGUAAAUAUUCCAGAAAUCCUGCCAAAGAUUCUCCUGGCAGUGAAAUGGAAUUCCAGGGAUGAAAUUGCACAGAUGUAUUGUCUUCUUAAAGACUGGCCCGCAAUAAAGCCGGAACAAGCCAUGGAGUUGCUUGACUGUAACUAUCCUGAUCCAAUGAUCCGAGACUUUGCAGUCCGGUGCCUUGAGAAGUAUCUGACUGAUGACAAACUCUCGCAGUACCUCAUUCAGCUGGUCCAGGUUUUAAAGUAUGAGCAGUAUCUUGAUAAUCCACUGGUGCGAUUUCUGCUGAAAAAAGCUCUUACCAACCAGAGGAUUGGGCACUUCUUCUUUUGGCAUUUGAAGUCAGAAAUGCACAAUAAAACAGUAAGUCAACGGUUUGGUCUGCUGCUGGAGUCGUACUGUCGGGCAUGUGGCAUGUACCUGAAGCACCUGAGCAGACAGGUGGAAGCCAUGGAGAAGCUCAUCAACCUCACAGACAUUCUCAAACAGGAGAAGAAGGAUGAAACUCAGAAGGUGCAAAUGAAGUUCCUGGUAGAGCAGAUGAGGCGACCGGACUACAUGGAUGCACUCCAAAAUUUCACCUCUCCACUUAACCCUGCCCACCAGCUGGGUAACCUACGACUUGAAGACUGCAGAAUCAUGUCCUCUGCCAAGAGACCGCUCUGGCUGAACUGGGAAAAUCCUGACAUCAUGUCCGAACUUCUCUUCCAAAACAAUGAGAUCAUCUUCAAAAACGGGGAUGACCUGCGGCAAGACAUGUUGACCCUUCAGAUCAUCAGAAUAAUGGAGAACAUCUGGCAAAAUCAGGGGCUGGACUUGAGAAUGCUCCCCUAUGGCUGCUUGUCUAUUGGAGACUGCGUGGGUCUCAUCGAGGUUGUGAGAAGUUCCCACACCAUCAUGCAGAUUCAAUGUAAAGGAGGUCUAAAAGGGGCGCUGCAGUUUAACAGUACAACACUGCAUCAGUGGCUAAAGGACAAGAACAGGGGCGAGAUGUACGACAUGGCCAUCGACUUGUUUACACGAUCCUGCGCUGGCUAUUGUGUGGCCACUUUCAUUCUGGGCAUCGGUGACCGACACAACAGUAACAUCAUGGUGAAGGAUGAUGGGCAGCUGUUUCAUAUAGAUUUUGGUCACUUUUUGGACCACAAGAAGAAGAAGUUUGGUUAUAAGCGAGAGCGAGUGCCUUUCGUCUUAACUCAAGACUUCUUAAUUGUGAUCAGCAAAGGAGGAACCCAAGAGUGCACUAAAACCAGAGAGUUUGAGAGGUUCCAGGAGAUGUGCUACAAGGCUUACUUGGCUAUCAGACAGCAUGCCAACCUUUUCAUAAAUCUCUUCUCCAUGAUGCUGGGCUCAGGCAUGCCAGAGCUGCAGUCCUUUGAUGACAUCGCUUACAUCAGAAAGACCCUGGCGUUGGACAAAACUGAGCAGGAGGCCCUAGACUAUUUCAUGAAGCAAAUGAAUGACGCUCACCAUGGUGGAUGGACCACAAAGAUGGACUGGAUCUUUCACACCAUCCGACACCACGCCCAAAACUGAGCCCACACGGAUCUCAGCCCACUGGUGGAAUUUGGGGCCGGGUAACAGGCAGAAACAAGACCCUUUUUGUCGGACGCACUGCCUGAUUUAUGCCAUGGAGAAUCAUAGCACCCAAACCUCAUGUACAAAUGACCUUCAGAGCACUAAAACAACCUGGAAGGAUGUAAUUUUGUGUCCUCUUGUUUAUUUUUCUUUUCCCCAUGUGAGGCAUAUCUUGCCUAUCAUCGUCCGGAAUGGUUGUACGUUUUAGCUGUAGUUUUGUCCCGGUUUUUUUCUCUCGCCACUUUGUGCUGCUCUUUUCCUGGAGAGUCAAUUCUUCUUCUUAUUAAUAUAUAUCUUUUUUUUUUUCAGUGGAAAACAAAUCAUUGAAGACAAAAAAAAAAAAAGUUCUGCACUCUUCAGGAGCUUUUGUGGGGAUGUUCAUGUCUUCCUGUUUAAAACUACAAAUGCCUUCUAAUAUGCACGGAACCUCUGAGAACACUAGAAAAACAGGGUAUGAAGCUUUCUGGUCUGCUACCUGGCCUUUCCUCUCAAAACCAACACUAACCCUCCCGAAAGGCAGCCCGAGGCGUAGCAGUAUGAAUCUGAUGGUGCUGAUUUUCGAAAUUGCGCUCCUGUUCUUUGAGUUCUGUUGGUUUGUAAUAGAUGGAUGAUAAGGUUUCGUUCUCUUUUCUUCCUUAUAUGCACAGCGAGCUAAAAUGAUAGCCUGAAUACCUUAUUAUGCACUGGACGUGAAUAUUUUUAUUUCCUUUUUAUUGCGAACCCACGUUUUGGCCUCAGAGUAGCAAUACAUGGGUCUCGUACUCCUUAUACAAACGUUUCAGAGACAUCGGUAAUGACAUGGUUUGUGUUCUCAAUAUGCACUACACAAUAACAGCACAGGUUUCAUGACAGAAAUAACUAGAACUAUGAAUUAGGGUUACGUUAUUGGUAUUUUGAGGCCAGUACUGAUGGUGAUAAGUAAAUGAGUGCUGAUUUCUGUAAUUUUACUUUAAACACUAUUUACCCAGAAUAUUGAGUUUGAAGCAUUUAAGCAAUGUUUAUUUUUGACAAGGUUGGCAGUCAGUGGCCGAUAUAUAUCAGUUUAUCACUAAUCAGGACAUAGAGUUUCAUUUUUAUUCCUUACAGAUAAAUGAUGUUUUUUCCAGUUCCAGUGUGCAAAACAUCAUGGUAAUCCAGGUUAUCUGCUCUCUGUGUUUUCGUGGUUGUCCGGUGCGAUUGAGCUGGGUAGAUGAUAGAUUGUCCUACCAGAUGCCCUGGCAGCGUGCAGAUAUGAAGCCUUAAUGCCCUUGAAUAGUAUGAAUUGAUAUUCUUCUUCAUGUGCCCUUGCAUGCCACAGGAAAGCAAACACUUGCAUUGACGCAGAGCAGUUACGAAAGAACAAAAUAGCUUUUCUCUCCUUCAGUUGAGUAGCUGGAUCUCUGGCUACUUUAUUUCACUACGCUAAAGCUGGCAAGACCUUCUCUGUUCGCCUGACUCGUAGUUACGGUGUGAUGCAUUAAAGGGUUAGUCCACCAAAAAAAUUAUUUAUUGUUAAGGUUGGUAACAAAACAGUUUCAGUUCAUAUUGAUUUUUUAUAGAAUGGGCAAAAAAUACGAUGAAAGUCAAGGGAAACUGAAACAGCAUUGUGCAAAAUAUCUUCUUUUGUUUGAAGAAAGUCAGUCACAUUUUGGGGUUGACUAUUUCUUUAAGAAAGAUGGUGCUAUGUAUUUAAACAUAGAAAGAUUCUAUAGACGAAAUGGAUGUUUUAGACGGUGAAAUGGCUUUUAGAUGCUUCAAAUAGAUGACAGUGGUAAAAUAUCAUUUACAGAUGACACUACAGUACAGUGCAUUAUAAUGACUACACAUACAUUUGCAUACACACAUGCGUAUAUAUAUAUAUAUGACACAUUCUGUUCCCCCUCAUUGUCUCUUUAUUUUUUGAAUGUGGCGUUACAGGGCUGAGCAAACUAGAGAAAAAGAAAAUAAAGGUUGUUUUUUUUUAUUUGACAUUUUCAAAUGAACUUGCUAAUGAUCACCCUUUUGAGUCAGGUUAAGUGCCUUGUUUAGGGCCGUAAUGGCAGUCUUACGCUCGAGCUGCUCGCUUCGCCCGUUGGAUUAGCAGCUUUCUGGAUCACUUUAACAGGUCCAAUCCAAACAAAUAAUCACACAUUUAAAGAGGAAGUUCACCCAAUAAAACAUUUACUCAACCUCAUGUCAUUCCAAACCUGUCUUUCUUUUUUCUGCAGAAAACUUAGAAGAUUUUUCGAAGAGCCCAAUCGACUUAUAUUGAAAAACAAACAUUUUUCUAAAUAGAUUACAUGUUUGGAGUGACAUGAGGUAGUUGUCUUUUUCUCAUUGGACACAGAUCCAGAUUUUCUCUUUCUAUCUCUCCUCGGUUCUUGUCGGUAAAUCCAAGCCCUUGUUGUGUUUUUGCAUUACUUUAAAGCUGUGAAAAUGUACAUUUACUAAUGAGGUGCAAUCGUGCUGUUUAAAUGGCUAUAUGGCUACUGGCAGGAAACUCCUGAGCACUAUUUUUCUCACCGUUUUAUGUACAUUGUGUUUUCCUCAAAAGGAAAGUUUGUGAUCAUACUUGCAAAACCACCUGAGAUAUUAGUGAUCAGAUGAAAAUCUGAUUGAUCUCCGUAGGAAAAACUGAAGGAAACAACACUUAUUUCCAUGUUACAGUCUGACGAGGUCUUUGCAGAGCUGAAAUUCGGUAACAUCUAACAAUGCAAUCAUUGUUUUUCUACUGUUUUUAAGUUUAAAAUGGUGUCCUAAUACUUCCUAUUGUAGUAUUCCACAUUUAUGCAUUUUUUUUUUUUGUAAACGUUGUAAUUCUUAUAUGCAGUAAACAAAUGAACAGAUAUAUACUUGUUGUCAGACUGAUGUAUGCAGGUGGUUCUUGCACUUUGUAUUCCUCUGUACUUUGUUCUUUCUCUCUUUGCCUUCGGACGCUUUAGUCUCCUGCAUGUGUUUUUAACCCUACGUGCUCAUUUACUGCCUAAAACUGAGAUCAGCUACGCUUGAGCUUAGUCAUGGCAAGCAGCCUUAUGUUAGCUCUCUUAAAGCCAUUUAAUGCAUGGUUCUGUUCACUACGUGUGCUUUUGUCUGUACAGGUUACAGAUCUACUUGGGCUGGACCCGCUAAAAAGCCCAUUCACUAAUGUCUAAUGUAAUCAGCAGCUUUCUAAUUUACUUUUUAAUCAUUUAAAUAACUUGGAAACAAACUAUUGAGAUGCAGGAAUUCUUGAACCUUUUGUAUGACAAAGGAAAAUGAGAAAAAAGGAGUUAAAUGACAAUAAGUUUCAUUUGUUGUACUUGAAAAUCAUCGGUCGGAACCAUCUUUGUGUGUCGACUACAAAGCCGUCAAUGUUACAUAGCACUGAAGGUUUACCUACAUAGGCAAUUUCAUACCGAUUGUGAAUGUUUCAGUGGUUUGUUCUGGAGUCUCUUCACAGUUAGAAACUCUAAUACACCAAUAAAAAGAGAGAUCCAUUACCAUUUAAAUUCAAAGUAUAAAUUUGUUUGCUAUUAUGUGAAGUCUAAAAGAUGGAGGAUAUAAAAAAAUACCUAUUUAAUGGAAGGUCAAAGCAAUUUUUUGUUGUUGUUUUUAAAAUGCUUUGAGUGGUUACAUUUCUCUCUGUGUAUCGCUGUUGCAUUUUACUCAUUUAUGUGUUAUAAUGUCAGAAAGAUAGUUUUCUUUACUAUCCCUAUUAUACAAUUAUAUAUAGCAGGCCAAAUACAUUCUUUACCUCUUUACUACCUUGCAUGAGUUUUAAAAAAAUGGAAAAAAGAGAAGUUAAAAAAAGUUGCCCUAGCAUUUUUGUUUUGUUUUUGUAAGAUCUAAAGGGUUUUUCGGCCUACGACUGCACCCAUCACAUCUAUAAACUGCCAUCAGUUACAAAGCCUCAUCUUCAUUUCUAUUCAGUUUCAUUGUGCACCUCAGUUCAAAAGUAGCUUUGUAUCCAGUCUGUCUUCAAUAUUUUGAGUGUUAUGUGACUAUGUACAAAUAAACGUAUUUCAAGAAAAUG